AUGGCGAUAGACCGGCGCCGAGACGAAGGGGGAGGCGAGGCGGGCGGGGGCGGGCCCCUCGCCCCCCUCCCCGAGGAGAACGGCGCCCUGCCGGCCGGGGAGGCGGACCCCGCCGCGGUGCCCGAGGCCCCUGCUGCUGCUGCUGCUCGUGGUGAUGGUGAUGGUGGUGCGGCGGUGAUCGCGGUGGCGGAGAUCCAGAGCUUGCCCCCUCCGCCCGCCCCUCCGGCGGGGCCCUGCAGCCCUUUGCUGCUGGACUACGAUGGCUCCGUGCUGCCCCUCCUGGGGGGCCUGGGCGGCGGGCACCAGCGCACCCUCAUCCUCCUCACCUGGAUCCCGGCCCUCUUCAUCGGCUUCAGCCAGUUCUCGGACAGCUUCCUCCUGGUGCAGCCCGUCUCCUGGUGCAAGGGCGCCGACGGGCAAGGCAACGCCACCACCGCCCACCCGCCCAUGCCGCCCCGCGCCCUGGGAUACAACGCCUCCAGCGCCGCUUCUGCCGCCGACAACGCCACGGGCUACAGCCGCGGCAUGCAAGCCGCCCCCCAGCUCCCCACGCCUGAGGCCCCCAACCAGAGCUACUGCGAGUGCAGCGAGAGAUACCACCGCAUCACGGCGGGGCUCCGGCAGAACAUCGUCAGCCAGUGGGAUCUUGUCUGUGAUUCUUCUUGGAAAGUCCACAUCGCGAAGUUCUCUCUGCUUGUAGGAUUAAUCUUUGGCUACCUAAUAACAGGAUGUAUAGCUGACUGGGUUGGUCGUCGGCCAGUGCUUCUCUUCUCCGUCUUAUUCAUUUUGAUAUUUGGACUAACGGUGGCCCUCUCGGUGAACGUUACAAUGUUCAGCACACUCAGGUUUUUUGAAGGGUUUUGCCUGGCUGGGAUAAUCCUUUCACUGUAUGCACUGAGGAUAGAGCUUUGCCCUCCCGAUCACCGUUUCAUGAUCACAAUGGUGGCAAGUUUUGUAGCGAUGGCAGGCCAAUUCCUCAUGCCAGGUUUGGCUGCUCUCUGCAGGGACUGGCAAGUUCUCCAGGCUGUCAUCAUCUGCCCUUUCCUGUUGAUGUUACUGUACUGGUUUUUUUUCCCAGAAUCUCUUCGGUGGCUGGUAGCCACACAGCAGUUUGAAACUGCAAAGAAGCUCAUCCUGCACUUAACAUGCAAGAAUAGGACGAGCACAGAAUGUGAUAUCAAAGGAGUGAUGCCCGGCCACAGGUCGUCCCUCACAGCUCUGCCAGGAAGUGAGGAAAAGGAGCGCCCUUCACGGAGCUCUCGUGGCUUUGCUACCAGGGAGUUCCUGAUGGGGGAAGUAGGAAGCAGCCAGGCUGGAGAGCUGGAGAAAGAACUUGCUCGGAGGCCAAAGAAGGUCUGCAUUGUUAAAGUUGUGGGAACAAGGAACCUGUGGAAAAAUAUUGUUGUGCUCUGUGUAAAUUCACUCACUGGAUUUGGGAUACACCACUGCUUUGCUAAGAGUAUGAUGGGUCACGAAGAUAAGAUGUCCCUCACCAACAAUUUCUAUGCGGACUACUAUACCAUGGCAGGAAUUGCCUUGAUCUCCUGCCUGGUCAUGUGCCCAGUGGUUGGAUAUCUUGGGCGAAGAGGGGGGCUGCUGCUCUUCAUGAUUCUCACCGCUCUGGCUUCCCUUUUGCAACUAGGCCUGCUCAACUUGAUAGGAAAAUACAGUCAACUUCCAGACUCAGGUAUGAGUGAUACCGUAAAGGAGAAGUUCUCCACUACAUUUUCCAUUGUGGGUAUGUUUUCAUCGCACGCAGUUGGAAGUCUCAGUGUGUUUUUCUGUGCAGAAAUCACACCAACAGUGAUAAGGGGCGGCGGGCUGGGUCUUGUGCAAGCCAGCGCUGGCUUUGGUAUGUUGACUGCGCCCAUCAUGGAACUCCACAACCAGAAAGGCUACUUCCUCCAUCAUGUGAUCUUUGCCUGUUGCACCCUCAUCUGCAUCAUCUGUAUCCUUCUGUUGCCCGAGAGCAAAAACCAGAACUUGCCAGAGAACAUUCCGGAUGGCGAACAUUACACCCGGCAGCCCCUCCUGCCACACAAGAAGGGGGAGCAGCCUCUGCUGCUGACAAACUCCGAACUCAAGGAUUACUCCGGCCUGCACGAUUCAGCAGCUGCCGUGAAUGACACUGCAGCCGAGAGCGUCACGGCCAAUGGGAUGAAGGCGAUGUAGCUGAUUGGAGGAGGAGCGCUUUGGCAUGGGCGGGCUUUCCGCAGGUUUACAGACCAGUGAAAGAAGGGAUGGAUACACAGGGGAAUCGGACUCUGCUGCUCAAACCACUUCUUGUAGGAAUGUUUGGAACACAUUGGCUUUGGAAACCGUUGUUUGGGGGCCGGGCGGGGAGGGGGGGAGGCAUUUUCAAAGCAAGUUGAAUGGAGAGAACAGCACAUCAGAACAUUUCUUUCCUCCCCACCAUGAAAUAUUUCUAUUUAUUUUGAUGAUUUUGUUUCUGUUUCCAUGAAGCACUUUAUCACCUCUUUUUUUUUUUUGUCCUCUUGUGACCACAAACAUGAAAGCCAUUUGUUCUCCAGAAGAGUAGCCAUUCCACGAAAGAAAUCAUAGGGUUUGUUCUGUUUGUUUUCUGUUUUGCUUGGGUUUUUUAAAUUGUCUUUUGUGUUUUUUGUUGGAGGAAUGAGGUGUGUCUUGCUGUGACAGUGAAAUCAUUGACUACUGAUGUUUUCUCAGUCUGUUCAGAAUCACCCAACAACCCCCUGUCUCUUUCCUGCUCCCGUCAAACUAGUUUAUCUAAUAUUCAUACAGAAAUCACAACUUAAAAGUCCAAAAUUAGCAUUCUAGAUAACAGUAGUAGAUUUUGGUUAGUGAGCCCUGAUAUGUUUUUUAAAAGCUGUUUCUAAAUUUUAUAGAAAGUGGAGUCAUCUGCGAAUCAAAGCAGCAAACAAAGUUCUGCACAAGCAAAGUAUUCCCCAUUCACCCCAAAGGAAAUCAGGAAUGUGGACUGAAAUGGGAAACAUGUCUCUCCAUAACGAAGUCUUAUGAGUGUUCGUUCUUAAUGAUAAGCAAUGCCUGGGGGGGGGGGGGGGGGGGGGAGACUGCAUUGCUCAGUGGUAAACCCAAUGCUUUACCAUGACUUGUUUUGAACAUAACAGGAAGUGACAUAAUGAUGAGGAGAAUAUGUCCAAGUUGGGAGGAAUAAAAUGAGAUAGCCAAGAGGGUCUAGGACUCCAAAAUGCUUGUUUAAGAAGCAUCAAGACUGGAUUUCUGGCUGUCCCAACAUAGAUUCAGAUGUGUGCCAAGAAUGUUUACUUUUUAAUGUGACAAUACUGUAAAAGAACUGACACAAUACAUUGAAAUUUCAGAUUGAGGGAACGGAAGUGGGAGAAAUGGAGAAUAAACCAUUGGAGAAGAAUGGCCAGAGCCAUCUCCACAUGGAGACUGGUAAUUUUCCCAGUUUUUCAAGGAUAUUGUCAGCUGGCUGCCAUCUUCGAUAUGAAAACCUAUAGGAAAUGGCCAUUAAGUGCACCAAAUCAAAAUCCUAAGUGCUCUUGUAGAAUUUCUCACCCACCAGUAAAUUAAAUCAACUAUUCCCAUGGGAUCACUUGAUUGAACCCUUGAUACCCUGAACCCUAAAUCCGCUUGGAGGUAGUGCCUGCUGAAAUUCAACAGAACUUGCCUCAUCAUAAAACGUGUUUUGGAACAGUGGGUUGGGAAGCAACAUUAAACUUCUUUCCUUUCCCCCCAAGAGCUGGACAUAGGUUAUGCCAGCCAUUUGUCCUCCUGAAAAUGUUGGUUUCUUUAAUGUUGGCUCUGGGAGGAGAGCCAUUUAGUGCCAGGUUCAUGCCAGACAAUAUUCUGAAUGUGUGGCAACUUGGAGUUAGUUGUUUGCCCUCCCUCCCCUUCUACUCAGACCAUCCAUUUGUGAUUGACUGCUCAGUGGUACAGCCAUUUUUCAAAAGUGAAUGCAGCCUCUCAGUGUGCGGUAAUGUCUUGAGCCAUUUCACAGUCACUUUGUUUGAGAUACAUCCUGCAUUUGCGGGCAAAGGGCAGGGCUCACUGUUCAGCCACCACCCUGCCAUGUCCCUUCUUUGCUCUAAAUAUUGUCUGUUGACUUGACUUUAUCUGUGUUUCUCUUCCCGUCUUCUGUCACACCGCUUCUUGCGUUCUUACGACCUGCUCCAAGCUCAACACAAGGCUGCUUGUCACACGGCAAAGUAGCGUAGUAACCUCCAGCACUGGCUGGCUAAAUUUGCUAGUGGGGUGAAAUGGGCCUGGGGCACUGAUGCAAGUUUAUGUACUUGAGAAGAAAAAUAAUGUUGUCUUAAAGCUGCUAAUUUUCAUACAGAAGAAGAGAUACUUGGGGAAAUCUUUUCUCAAGCCUGGUGAGGAAAAGAACAAAGUGAAACACUGGAUUUGUGUGUCUUCUCUCCCUGAGUGCCACUACUGCUGUGAGACUCGCAGGGGGGAAAUGUGUGAGCCCAAUCUUUCUUAUGCUCUCUAGUAAACCGUCUGGCUCUGCUCACCAAACGGCCACCCCUCCUCCAUUCUUUUAAUGUUCAGACACUUACAGUCCUUGCAUUUACAUUGGGAGGGAAACAAAAACAAACCAUGGCCUUUUGAAUUGUGCAAUAUUCAUGUGCCAAAAUUGUGUGAUGCCUUUUGCCUUUUAUAUAAUGCUUUUCUUACAAGCAAUGUAUCAGGAACAAUGAGUUUGUUGUUAGAUCUGUGAAGGACAAGUUGGAUGUGCGAGGCCUUGAAAGGCAUUAGAGGGAAAAGAGAGAGAAAGAACAUUGAUUGUCAACACGCAAAGCCGACACACAGCACUUUUGCAGUCCAUGUGGUACAAAACAGCUUUUUAAUUCCCACCUCUGUGCAUAUAUCUUUAGACUAGAGUACUAAUCAUGUUGACCACUCACCAGCCUAUGGAGUUUAUUGCAUUUUAGCAUCGUUUUGAAGUCCCCGUUGUGCUCACCUACACCAUCUGCUGUGAUUUUCCUGUUGAAAUGUUAAAGCUCCUUCAACUUUGCAAGCAAGCAGGACAAGAGGGAAAAGUGUCAGCAUAUGUACAGAACAGUUUAAGCCUGUGACAGGAGCAUUUGGUGAUUUUCAUAUACCCUUCACCUUUUGAUUUUAUUUUGGCCUUAAAUCUGACAUUUGGAAUUAGUACUUUACAAAAUUCAGCCCCAACUUGUCUUGUGGUUUUCUUGGUUUAAUAUAUAACUGGGUUACCUUCCCAAAG